AUGAUGCUCCGGCCUGAGCGAGCCUGCGAGGAGCAAACGCGAGUGUCCAUCAUCCCUCAGGACACGCCCACAGCCCGCCUGUCAGUCACUCUCAGGACACGCCCACAGCCCCGCCUGUCAGUCACCCUCUGGACACGCCCACAGUGUUCGCCUGCCCCGCCCACAGCAGGCCCCUCCCAGCGAGUCCCUGGAGGGCUGCGGUUUGACCUGUGCGCCCAGCUUUCCCUCCAUAAAGAGGGCAGAGGCGGUGUGGGCGGGCUCCUGAUUACAGGCCGCGCGGGGCCGCGGUGUGGGGCAGACUGCGGCGGCCACCGUCCGGACAGGGCCUGUGCUGACACGGAGGAGCAGCAGGACAGCAGCGCGGGAGAGAAGACAAUGCAGCUACAGGACACUUGGGCUCUCCCCAGGGCGCUCUGGCUGUGUCUCCCGCUGUGCUUCCUGGCGGGCGGGCGGGGCGCGCUCCCGACAUGGAACUCGCGGCCCAACAUCGUGCUGCUCAUGGCGGAUGACCUGGGCGUGGGGGACCUGGGCUGCUACGGGAACGGCUCCGUCAGCACCCCGAACAUCGACCGCCUGGCCAGCGAGGGCGUGGUGCUCACGCAGCACCUGGCGGCCGCGUCCACCUGCACGCCCAGCCGCGCCGCCUUCCUCACCGGGAGGUACGCCGUGCGCUCAGGCAUGGCGUCGGCCAGCAACAUGUACCGCGACAUCGUGUGGCUGGGCGGGUCGGGCGGGCUGCCUAGCAACGAGACGACCUUCUCCAGGAUCCUGCAGCACCGCGGCUACCGCACGGGGCUCGUAGGGAAGUGGCACCUGGGCCUGAGCUGCGCGUCCCGCGGCGACCACUGCGCGCACCCGCUGAGCCACGGCUUCGACUUCUUCUAUGGCAUGCCGCUCGGGCUGCAGGGGGACUGCGGCGCCCGCGCCCCGCCGGAAGUGCACCGCGGGCUGCGCGUGUGGCUGUGGGCCACGUCGGCGGCGCUGGCCGCCCUGCCCUUCCUGCUGCUGCUGCCCCGCCUGGCGCGCUGGUUCCCGGUGCCGUGGGCGCUCGUGGCCGCGUCCGGUGUCCUGGCUGCGCUCUUCUUCCUGGCCUGGUUCAGCAGCUACGGGUUCGUGCGCAGGUGGAACUGCGUCAUCAUGCGCGGCCAUGACGUCAUCCAGCAGCCCGCUGAGGAGGCGCGCGCCGCAGCGCUGAUGCUCAGGGAGGCGCUCGCCUUCAUCGACAGGAACAAGCACCGCCCCUUCCUGCUGUUCCUGUCCUUCCUGCACGUGCACACGCCUCUGCCCACGCGCGGAAACUUCGUGGGCCGCAGCAAGUUCGGGCCCUACGGGGACAACGUAGAGGAGCUGGACUGGAUGGUGGGGAAGGUCCUGGCCGCCCUGGACCGCGAGCACCUGACCAAUCAGACCCUGGUUUACUUCACGUCCGACAACGGCGGCCGCCUGGAGGCGCAGGAGGGCGGGGCCCACGCCGGCGGCUGGAACGGGGUCUACCGGGGAGGCAGCGGCGCGGGCGGCUGGGAGGGCGGCGUGCGCGUGCCCGGCAUCUUCCGCUGGCCCGGCGUGCUGGAGGCCGGCAGAGUCGUGGAGGAGCCCACCAGCCUCAUGGACCUGCUCCCCACCCUGAGUCACGUGGCGGGCGGUGUCCUCCCCCAGGACAGAGUGAUCGACGGCCGGAACCUGAUGCCGCUGCUGGAGGGCCGAGUGCAGCGCUCCGACCACGAGUUCCUGUUCCACUACUGCGGCGUUUUCCUGCACAGCGUCCGCUGGCACCAGAAGGACUGCAACACCGUGUGGAAGGCCCAUUACGUCACCCCCAACGUCUCCCCGGAGGGCUCCGACGCCUGCCACGGCCCCGGCGUGUGCCCCUGCUCCGGUGACGUCACCCACCACGACCCGCCCCUGCUUUUCGACAUCUCAAGAGACCCCGCAGAGUCGCAGCCGCUGAGCCCCGACAACGAGGCGCUGUUCGACGCGGUGCUGGAGAAGAUGGCCACGGCCGUGCGGGAGCACCGGGCCACCCUCACUCCCACGCCCCGCCAGCUGUCCACCUUCAAUGCGCUCUGGAAGCCCUGGCUGCAGCCCUGCUGUGGAGCUGCCUUCCCGCUCUGCGGCUGCUCGGGGGAGGACAUGAUGCUCCCCAUGUGUGCUUAUGAUGGUGAGACGCUCCUCACACAGUGCUCGCCGGUGGCUUGGUGUUCCCCCCGUGGUGCUCCCUGAGAAUGUGUGCACGCCACACAGUGCUCGCCGAUGGAACUGUGCUCCCCAGAGGGGUGUUCACUGACUGCAGGGGUGCUCGACAGGCAGUGCUCUCUGCGAGUUGCAGUAACGAUGAUCAGGCUCCUCCCUGACAGCAGCCGUGCUCUGUAGAGUGCUCACUGACUCCAGCACUGACCUGGGUGCUCCUCCCGCGGUGCUCCCUGCCCAUCACUCGUCCCCGCUCUGCUUGUGAGGUCUCGGGAGGCCGGUGCCUCAGUUUCCCCAGCAGGCCCGCUGUUUCCCUGAGCCCUGAUAGUAAAUCGUAAAUCAGCGUCA